AUGGGGUAUUACCGUGGGCAGGGGGAGCUCCGAGGGGGCUCCACCACUGCCAGCAGCACCGCGCACCAAAUUGAGGAUCGAUCCGUCCGGGACUGCCGCUUGAGCAGCCUUCUGGAUCUGGCCCUGGAGAAGGACUAUGUGCGCUCAGAGAUUGCAGAAUACAUGAACCGUCUCAUUGACAUUGGUGUAGCAGGAUUCCGAAUUGAUGCUGCCAAGCACAUGUGGCCUGGGGACAUAAGAGCAUUUCUGGACAAGCUGCAUGAUCUGAACACUCAAUGGUUUUCUGCAGGAACUAAACCUUUCAUUUACCAAGAGGUAAUUGAUUUGGGUUCAGAGCCCAUCAAAGGCAGCGAGUACUUUGGAAAUGGCCGAGUGACAGAAUUCAAAUAUGGUGCCAAACUGGGAACAGUGCUUCGCAAGUGGGAUGGAGAAAAGAUGGCCUACUUAAAGAACUGGGGAGAAGGCUGGGGCUUUGUGCCUUCUGACAGAGCCCUGGUCUUUGUGGAUAAUCACGACAACCAGAGAGGACACGGGGCUGGUGGAGCUUCUAUUCUAACCUUCUGGGAUGCCAGGCUCUAUAAAAUGGCAGUUGGCUUCAUGCUUGCCCAUCCGGCCUAUAUAGGGGCCGAGGUCAAGGAGCCCAGCAAUGAAACAUCUGCUUGUAAAGAAAGCAACAGCUCCCACGUGCCUGUACGGACGCAGAGCCAGUGUGUGAUAACGGGGUGUGCAACACCUGCUGCCAAGGGCAGAGCUAGGGCAGGGGAGAGGCUCACAUUGGGCACUUUGUCGGCAACUCUUUUGAGAGCUGGAAACUCCUACACUCCUGCUGCCUCUCUCCGGAAGGCUCCUGGAAUGGCCCAACAGCUUCAGUGGAAAAGCCUGCCAUUCCCUGCACUGAGGUAUUCCUGUGCAGCAUGGAAGGUGCGAUCUGUACCUCCCCCAGCUUUGGGGAAUCUGAUCUAG